CCUGUUCACUAUUUUAUGCGCCCCUGAGGCUCUGAGUAAAUAUUAUCGCAUACUUAAAUUACUCAAAAUUUCAGACAAUUGUGAACGUUAAGGACUAAGAUUCCUUAUGUUAUCGACAGCAACAGCAUAUAUUUAUUUGGUUUUCCAAUGCUAACCAUCGACGUUGUCCCGAGUCUUGUAUCACAUUGAAGAGGGAAACAGCAUUUUCGGUAUGGCCACCGACAGCAGAAUACAUUUUUGGAAACGAAACACGAAGGUGCCAGGGAGUCUUCAGCCUGUAUACGGGGCUCAGCAUCCUCCCCUGGACCCGCGUAUCCCCCGAGCAUUUCUCAAAGACACUCCAAAGUCAAACAGCACUCAGAAUGUCAAAUCCAAGAAGGCCUCUAGCUUCCUCGAGUUUGCACGGAGCACCAACGACGCCUGGGACAUCGACGACGAGGAAGAUGAAGAUCUCCUCAUGGGCGCUGCACCUCCAGCUCCCGCGCCGCACUCCCGACCUGCAGUGCCCACCUUCCUCCCCACCCAGGCGGACAGCGACUCGGAGGCCCCCCCCUCAGACACGCUGGGCCCACUCCGGAACGAGCCGUGUCCAGCAGACCAGCAGAUGACCGACGACAGAUCGACCAAUGGGAGGGUGGUGAAGUCCAAUAGUGAGGCCCAGCUUAACACCCCCUCAGUGCGCUCCAGCCUGCAGAAGCAGCAGUCCCUGCCAGUGCGCCCCAUCGUCCCGCUGGUGGCGCGCAUCUCCGACCAGAACGCCUCCGGCGCGCCGCCCAUGACCGUGCGGGAGAAGACCCGCCUGGACAAGUUCCGACAACUUCUGGCCAGCCCCAACACUGACCUCGAGGAGCUUCGGAAGCACAGCUGGUCGGGGAUCCCCCGGGAGGUGCGACCAAUCACCUGGAGGCUGCUAUCGGGCUACCUCCCUGCCAACAUGGAGCGCAGGGAGCAGGUGCUCCAGAGGAAGAGGGAGGAAUACUUCGGCUUCAUCGAGCAGUACUACCACUCGCGCACAGACGAGCACCACCGAGACACCUACAGACAGAUCCACAUCGACAUCCCAAGGACGAACCCCUUAAUCCCUCUCUUCCAGCAGCCACUGGUGCAAGAGGUGUUUGAGAGGAUCUUGUUCAUCUGGGCCAUACGUCAUCCGGCGAGUGGCUAUGUGCAGGGCAUCAACGACCUCGUCACCCCCUUCUUCGUGGUCUUCCUGUCGGAGUUUGUGGAGGAGGAUGUGGAGAAUUUCGAGAUGUCUGGCCUGCCUCUGGACACUCAGCGGAAUAUCGAAGCAGACAGCUUCUGGUGCAUGAGCAAGCUGCUGGACGGCAUACAGGAUAACUACACGUUCGCACAGCCUGGCAUUCAGAUCAAAGUGAAGGCCCUGGAGGAGCUGGUCAGCAGAAUCGAUGAGGACAUCCACAACCACUUCAAGAGGUGUGAGGUGGAGUACCUGCAGUUUGCCUUCCGCUGGAUGAACAACUUGCUGAUGAGGGAGCUGCCCCUGCGCUGCACCAUUCGGCUGUGGGACACCUACCAGGCCGAGUCAGAGGGAUUCUCUCAUUUUCACCUGUACGUCUGUGCUGCCUUCCUCAUCAAGUGGCGCAAAGAGAUCCUCUCCCAUGUAGACUUCCAGGGUCAGCUGAUGCUUCUCCAGAACCUACCCACAAUCCACUGGGGCAACGAGGAAGUGGGGCUGCUCCUAGCCGAAGCCUACAGACUCAAGUACAUGUUUGCGGAUGCUCCCAAUCACUACCGGAGAUGAGUCCCUAUGCAAUGGCACAACGGCAUGGACCUGGAAGCUUGAAGUUUUUUUUUAUUUUAUUAUUAUUAUUAUUCAUUUUGACUGACAAACCCUUAGAAGUGACUGGUAUGUUAGCAAACUAGAGAUGGCUCCGGUGAACUGGGUGUGUGGGGUUACCUCAACACUCCUGUCAGCUGUUCUGUCUCCCCCCCCCCCUCCCUACCUCCCUCCCACCAUAGAUGGACCCCUGUGAUUUUUUUGUAAUGUAGCUGAACCUGUCAAGUCAACAUCUGGAGAGCAGUCCAACGCGAUGCUUCAGCACGGAGACGAGGGCCGAGGGUGGUUCCCGGUUUAGCACUCCACCGACGUGACUCCGGCCCACACAGCGGCGUGAAGGCCGCUGGUCUGACCACAGAAAUCCUCAUCGCAGCAGUAUUGACUUUCUUCACGCUCGGCAUGAAAAACCCCACGCGGAGGAGGAGGGGGUCAUUAGUGACUGUUGGGGUGAAGACGACAGCGCAAGGCGAUUGUGCCUUUGGAACCACGACAGAUUUGAUCGUAGUGUUAUCGUGAUCGACCGGCCCGAACCCCCCCCCCCCUUGACCCCCCCGGCCACACCAGCACUCUCUUCACCAGUGUGCGCCCGCGCUCUUUUCGCUGCCAUGGUCGCCAUGGUUUCAGUGUGUGUUCACAUUCUGGUGGCGAAUGUUCUGCAAGACGUGCUAAGCAGCAGCCUCAGCCUGUUGGGAGCGCACUGGG